ACCCGCAGAUCCACAAAAUCAGAGAAAAUGUAUCCCUCGAUGCUGAGUCGCGGCGGCGAGGUCGAAAUAGAGCCGUACUACUGCCUGCCGGUGGGCGCCACCAAUGGAGUCCUCAGCGCCCAAAUGGCCGCCGCAGUGGCCCAGGCUCAGGCACAGGCUCAUGCCCAGUCGCAAGGGGGCAGCGGCGUGGGCGGCGCUGCGACAGCGGCAGCUGCAGCCGUCGCCUGGAGUCAGCCCACCUCGCCCACGCCCCUCAACCGAGGCCCCUUCGCCUCGGCGGCGAGUGCGCUGUCGCCCACACAUGGCACAGCGGCAGCGGCGCUGGCAGCGGUGGCAGCUGCGGCAGCAGGAGCCGGACAUGGCGGCAGCAAUGCAUCACAUCGUCUAACAUAUCCCAAAAAGAAUGAUGAAGUUCAUGGCAGCGCCGCCUCGCUGUUAUCCGGCGGCAGCUCGUUGUAUGGCUCGGCGGAGGAGCGGCAGGCGCACGAAAUACGGCGAUUGAAGCGCGAACUGCAGGAUGCACGGGAACAGGUGCUCAGCCUGAGCAGCCAGCUGUCAACCAAUGUGAGUAGCGCAACUGCCAAGCUUGGCUAUUAAAUUCGAAUACGGUUG